AUGCCAAAAGCACCCAAAUCGCCCGGCGCGGCCGUGCAACAGCGACAUAACCCCCUCGCCGAAGAGUACGCACCCUCAGACCCAUGGAAAUCAAAGCCCGCCAAGCGCCAGAAGCGCAACAAGGAAGAGAAGGAAGACGACAAGUUUGUCGACUCGAAGAGCUCGCGCAAGAUCUUGGAUAUUGGUCGCGAACUAGAAGAGGAGGAUGAGCGCGAAAGCCAGGUGCAGCGACAAGAAGGCGCCAACCCCGCAUUUGACUUCGAGUCACGCAUGGGUGAGGAAGAUCUGGUGGACGAUGAGGAAGUAGCACACAUCGAAGAUGACGACGAGGCGUGGGGCGAAGACGACGAGGAAGUGGAAGAGGUGGAGAUUGAUGCGAACGAUCUGGCGGCGUGGAACAAGUUCAUACCGACGGAUGAGAAUCCCAUCGUAUGGCCGGGCGAAGAAGCACAACCACAAGGCCCAGGGACAGAUCUGGCGGCGCUUAUAUUGGAGAAGAUUGCGGCACACGAGGCAUCAGAUGGCGCAGUAAAGCAGCCACGUGAAAUCCUGGGUGGAGGCGACGCAGAAGACGCUGUCGAGCUGCCUGCGAAGGUCGUUGAUGUCUACUCGAAGAUCGGCCUCAUCAUGUCUCGUUACAAGUCUGGCAAACUGCCCAAACCCUUCAAGAUCCUGCCCACAAUUCCAGCCUGGGAAACUCUCCUAGGCAUCACACGCCCCGAGAACUGGACGCCCAACGCCAUGUUCGCCGCAACCCGUAUCUUCAUCUCCUCGAAACCCCAAACCGCGCAAAUCUUCCUUAACACCGUCCUCCUACCCGCCGUGCAAGACAACAUCAACGAGACACACAAGCUCAAUGUACACUACUACAACGCGCUGAAGAAAGCGCUCUACAAGCCCAGCGCAUUCUUCAAGGGUCUCUUAUUUCCCCUGCUCACAGAUGGCGCAUGCACCCAACGCGAAGCCGUCAUAAUUGCCUCCGUCGUCGCCAAAGUCUCCGUGCCCGUCCUCCACUCCGCCGUCGCCCUGCACCGCUGCUGCGAAAUUGCCGCUGAGCAAAUGUCCUCCGACCCCGACGCCGCGGGCCCUUGCAACAUCUUCAUCAAGACUUUUCUGGAGAAGAAAUACGCGCUCCCAUUCAAAGUCAUCGACGCCGUCGUCUUCCACUUCCUGCGCUUCCGCGGCGUGGUGACUGCGCCGGACGCAAUGGAUACGGAAUCCACCGCGGGCGACCUGGGCGGCAAUGGGAAGCUGCCGGUUAUUUGGCAUCAAUGUCUGCUGGCGUUUGCGCAGCGGUAUCGCAAUGAUAUCACCGAGGACCAGCGCGAGGCGUUGCUCGACCUCCUGCUCUCGCGCGGACACAAGAGCAUCAGCCCCGAAGUGCGGCGCGAAUUACUCGAGGGCAGAGGAAGGGGCGUCAUGCUGGAGCCCGCGCCUGUAGGCGUGGAUGGCGACGACACAAUGGUUAUGGAUUAGACUACAUUUCACUUCACGAUUUGCAUGGGAAUGGGCGUUAUACACUUCGAUCAAUGAUAUGGUGUGCUUUCUACG